AGUAAUACAUCCACUAAAAACAGUUGAUUUCCAACCACUAAAAACUACCAAAACCUGUCACUCUGCAAACCAGAAGGUAGCAGGGAGGAGAGGACCACCGCCAGCGCCACCGCCACCGCUUCAUAUGGCGUUAACAGCCACCUCUCACAUCUCAUCUUUCUCUUUCACCCGAUCACCACCACCACCCCACCGUCUUCUUACCUUUCCAUCACUCUCUAUCUGCACCGCCACCAAUUUCUCCUCCUCUUUAUCACUCCAACACCCUGCUGCUCCCCGCCCUUCAUUCCGCUUCUUCUCCGCUUCCCAUGGCGGCGGCGGCGGUGAAAGGGGUGGCAGUAAUAGUGGCGGCGGGGGCGGUGGUGAUGGAGAUGCUGGGGAUAAAAACAGAGCUGAGGCGAUCAUGGCCCUGGCUGAUUCUGGAAGAUCACUGGAUAGCUUGCCAAAGGACUUGGCCGCCGCAAUCGAGGCAGGGAAGAUUCCGGGGAUGAUAGUUCAUCGGUAUUUCGAGCUGGAGAAGUCGGCGGUUUUCCGGUGGCUGCUCAACUUCGGAGGGUUUAAGGAAAGGUUGCUGGCCGAUGAUCUUUUCUUGACUAAAGUUGGAAUAGAGUGUGGAGUUGGAAUCUUCACUAAGACAGCUGCAGAAUUGGAAAAGCGCAGAGAAAAGUUCUCCAAGGAGCUGGAUUUUGUGUUUGCUGACGUGGUUAUGGCCAUUAUUGCAGAUUUCAUGCUAGUCUGGCUUCCUGCACCAACUGUUUCUGUCCGGCCAUCUCUCGCCAUUGGUGCUGGACCUCUCAACAAGUUCUUCUACAACUGCCCCGAUAACGCAUUUCAGGUAGCAUUGGCUGGUACAUCCUAUUCAUUUUUACAGAGAAUAGGUGCUAUAGUGAGAAAUGGAGCCAAACUGUUUGCAGUUGGCACUGGUGCAUCUUUGGUUGGAACUGGUAUAACGAACGCGUUGAUUAAUGUGAGGAAGGCCUUUGACAAGUCGUUUGCUCUUGAAGCCGAGGACCUCCCGAUACUAGCAACCAGUGCAGCAUAUGGUGUGUAUAUGGCUGUUUCAAGCAACCUUAGGUACCAAAUCCUUGCCGGAGUGAUUGAACAGAGAAUAUUGGAGCCCUUACUACACAACAAAAAGAUUGUGCUGAGUGUGAUAUGUUUUGCAGUCCGAACAGGCAACACCUUUCUAGGGUCAUUAAUGUGGGUCGAUUAUGCACGAUGGGUUGGAAUCCAGAAAGAACGAGAAUAGAAAAGGCGUACAGAAAUUUUGUUCUUCUUAUUGUAAAAAUAUUCAAAGAUAACUAAAAU